AUGCCUGGCUGGCCGGUCGGCCUGGAUGUGUCCGUCUGUGCUGCCCGGCCCACAGCACAAAGAGCUUCUGCUGCAGCAGGCCACACAGUGCCUCACACACCUCCUCAGAAUAGCAGCAAACAAGAGAAGGAACUUCAUCCUGGACCAGUGAGCUUCACACUUCCAGAGCAGGGGCAGCUUCUGGAGGAGGUACUGUUUGUGGAACUCUGCCGUGAAGAGGUGCAAAAACUGCUAACAACUUACAAAGAGGAGGCCAAACGUCUCCUACCCGCACCCCCAAAACGCAAGAGGCAUCAAUACAGACACAACAAACUUCACAUGAAGUCACGCAGCAGAGCAUAUGAUAAAUGUUUUGUUAUCAACACUUUGACUGAGUGGCAGCUGACAGAACUUGUAGAAAGAUUUAAAGAGGAGGGGAUUGAUGAGGAGAGUUUUCUUCUUUUAGAUGAGGCUACCAUCAACCAGUUGAUACCAAGAGCUGGACCUAGGCUGAAGUUCCUCCAAAAAUUUAGAAACUUUGUUGGAUCACCUGUUGUUGCGCCUGUUACCCCACCUACAAGCUCUGAUGUCAUAUCAACUGCCACACAUCCAGCCCCCAUGGAAGAACAAGCAGCUGCAUCUGUGGUACCAGUGAAUCAGCUGAUACAGACUAUAUACAUCAUUCCACAGUUUGAUGUCCGGCAGGUUCUUGCAGGCUUACCGGAUGGCAAGCAAAUUGUUCAGAGCCUUGAGGAUGCUAAUGUUACCACAACUAGCCAGAGACGUCUUCUCGUCCGAAUUCUGGUGUCACACCUUAUUGAGAAGUUUGGAGAGAAUCCUUCAUCAGAGACCAAAUUGGCCCUGGCAUCGGAUUUGGUUCAGUCAUUUCCAUGUUUGAAAGACUCAUCAAGCUCUGGAAGAGAAAUAUGGUACACUCCAGGACGAUACCACCGGCUAGCCACUGCAUUCCUGGAAGAAAGACUACGGAACAUCAGGAAGAGGCUUAGAUCGAUCAGCAGGUCACGGAGCAUGGCACAGGCAUCACCUCAAACACCACGUGACGGUGCUUCUGCAAAAGCUCUCAUACCGGAAUGUAGCAUAUCAGAUGAACGUGCGGCACAGCUUAAAGAAUGGUUGAGGAACAACUCUCAGCCCCUUAGCCAGGGGCUGUGGAGAGGGGCUAAGCUGUUUAUUUUCAACAGAUUUCCGUUAUUUUAGAAAUGGAGAGACUGCGGGCGGCUGCAGGCGGCAUUCGUGCCUUAGCCAGACAACUACACAACUUUUAUCAGGGAGCCAUGGACGUCCUGCAGAUCUUGCAGAGACUAAGUGCCAUAAUUUUAGCUCUGCUAAAUAUUUUUAAUAAUAAUAACAGAGGCGAUGGUGAAGGCGAUGGAGAACGGAGAAACUAAUUCCCGUAAUUACAGAAGGACGGCGAGAGUACAUAACUUCGAUGCUGGGAACGGACGCUGCCUCUUUCACUGAUCAACAAAGCGAGACUGCAGAGCUGUUUUUUCGCUUCCCUCUGUGCAGUGUUUACUUGUGUGAUUGACUUGUAAUAAUCUAAUAUAUUAAUAAAAUGGCUUUGGAUCACACCUGG